AGAUCAAACAUGGGAGAUAUGGAAGAAGGAGCAAAUGUUCAACGACCACCACUUCUAAGGGGACCAAACUACAAAUUCUGGAAGGGGCGCAUGAAGGCUUUCCUAAAAUCAGAAGGUGGAAGAGUCUGGAGAAGUGUUGAAACUGGAUGGCAGACACCUACAAAGCCGGUUGAAGGAUCAGACGCUAAAAUUCCCAAAACAUUUGAGGAAUAUUCGAAGGAAGAAGCUGCAGCUGCUGAAUGCAAUGACAAGGCGUUAAAUGCUUUGUUUGGAGCGGUGGACAGUUCUCAAUAUAGACUCAUUGCUAAUUGCACUGAAGCAAAGAAGGCAUGGAAGAUUCUUGAGACAACUCAUGAAGGAGAUGAAAGAGUUAAGACAGCAAAAUAUCAAAUUCUCAUGACCAAAUUUGAAAAUCUUCGAAUGGAAGACAAGGAAAGCAUCACUGAAUUUCAUGGCAGAGUGAGAGACUUGGCAAAUGAAGCAGAACGACUUGGAAGACCUUUUGAAGAGGACAAUCUUGUUCUAAAGGAACAAAAGAAGAAAAAGGCUGAAAAACUAACAGCAUUUCAGGUGGGUGAUCUCGACCUAAAAGAUGAUGUCAUAUCAGAUGAUGAUUUUCAAAAACAACUUUCACUGGUCACCAAGCAGUUUACAAAAAGGUGGCUCCAAAGAAAAAGGAAACAAGCUUUCAUCCAAGAUCCUCAGAGAGGCUCCCAAUCCAGAAUGUUGAAAGAGAAAGAGUUCAAGAUGCAACCGUCAGAAACAAGGAGAAAGGGACCACAGUGCUUUGAGUGUGGUGGUUUCGAUCACAUUCAAACUGAAUGUGCCAAUAACAUGAAAAAGAAAAGGCAGGCGUUUGCCUCAACAUGGAGUGAUGAAGAGCCAGACACUGGAGAUACUGAUGAAGAAAGUAACUGUGCCUUUGUCACAUUAGAAGUACAGGAAGAUUCUGCAGAGCAACUAAGAACACUCCAAGAAAAGUGGAGUGACCUGCUUGAUAUAAACAAGAGGAAUGUAUCUAAAAAUCUCCUUCUAAAAACUAAACUGCAGAUCUGUGAACAAACUGUUGAGAAGUUGCAACAUGAGCUGAAUCAAAAGGAAACAGAAAAUGCAAAUCUGAGGCAUGAGCUCAAUCAUCACAUGAAGUAUCAGAAAUGGAUGAAUAAAGCAAGAGCUGGAAUCUCACAAGAAUGGAUGCUAAGCUCAGAGGCAAGGGCUAUUGAGCACCAAGUUGAUAUUUCUAAAAUGUAUGGAGAUAGGACUAGACUGGGUUAUCCAAGAGAAGAAUUAACCAAAACACCAUUAGAUCUCUUUAUCAACCAAAAUGACGCCGGGGAGAAGACAGACAGCCUGCCUGUUAAAGCCUCACAACAACAACUGCUACACCACAAAGAAAUUAGAGCAAGUGAGAAAGAUGCCAGACUAUGGCAUUACAGAUUAGGGCACAUCAAUUACAAAGACUUGACAACUUUGUCAAAUUCAGGAGCUGUCCAUUCAAGUCAUCCAAAGAAAACCUUCAGAACAACCCAGCAACCACUUGAACUACUUCAUCUUGAUCUAUUCAGAUCUAUGAAGACUGAAAGCAUAGGAGGAAAGAGAUUUGUACUUAUGGUUGUAGAUGACUUUACAAGCACUCUGUCUGAUAACUUGGUCUUAAUCAGUGCAUUCUCUGUCACAACCUGCAAGUCUUAGACUUUUUAUAGGUUGUAUAUUGAGGGUAGUGAAACUUUCCCAAGUUAGUUGAUCACAUCUAUGCAGUCUAUGCUAUCUAAAAUUU